AUGCGUAUCCCCCCAAGGGAGGAAGCGAAACUACUCCUUCAUCAGGCCGGGUUUCUUGCCCAAAAGCGCCUCGCGCGCGGCCUGCAGCUAAAUCAAACCGAGGCUAUAGCUCUCAUUGCGUCGCAGCUCCAGGAGCGCAUCAGGGAUGGCAAGCACUCCGUGGCCGAGCUGAUGCAGCAUGGGAAGACGCUGCUCGGGCGUAGGCAUGUCUUGCCUGGCGUCCCUGUGUUGCUGCACGAGAUCCAGGUAGAAGGCACUUUCGUCGACGGAGUGUUCCUCGUCACUGUGCACGAUCCCAUUUGCACCGAAGACGGUGACCUGGAAGCGGCGCUAUAUGGCUCCUUCCUCCCCGUCCCUUCCAACGACGUCUUCCCCACGAUCAGCGCCGUCGAGUACUCGCGUGAGAACGCCCCAGGCGCAAUCGUCGUCAAGCAGGACAGGAUCCGUAUCAAUCAAGGGCGGGAGCGCGUCAAGCUGCGCGUAACGAACAACGGCGACCGACCAAUCCAAGUCGGGUCCCACUAUCACUUCAUUGAGACCAAUUCGGCCCUCGCGUUCGACCGCGGCAAGGCCUACGGGAAGCGUCUGGACAUCGCCGCAGGCACCGCAGUCCGAUUCGAGCCUGGGGACACGAAGACCGUGACUCUAUGCGCGAUCGCGGGUGCCAAAAUUAUCACCGGGGGCAAUCGUCUUGCUUCAGGGGUCGUGGACUUGUCGCGGACCGACGAGAUCGUACGGAACCUCGUGCAGAAGGGCUUCGGGCACAUUCCUGAGCCCGGGGCAUUGGAGGUCUCCGAGGACACGGACAUCGGUCGAGAUGCGUACGUCGCGAUGUUCGGGCCAACCGUGGGCGACAGGGUGCGCCUUGGUGACACUGCGCUUUGGAUCGAAGUCGAGCGCGACGAGACUGUAUAUGGAGACGAGGUCAAGUUCGGCGGAGGCAAGUCCCAGGCUUACUGCCCUUUUGAGGUGCUCAUCAAUCCACCAGGGAAGACCAUCCGCGAGGGUAUGGGCCAGGCCACGGGCCGCUCGGCUGCCGAAACCCUCGACCUGGUAAUCACCAAUGCACUCAUCGUAGACUGGUCCGGUAUAUACAAGGCAAACAUCGGCAUCAAGGACGGCAAGAUCAAAGGAAUUGGGAAGGCAGGAAACCCAGACGUAAUGGCUGGGGUGCAUCCCGACCUGGUCGUUGGCUCUGCCACCGAGGCGAUCGCAGGCGAGAAGCUCAUCGUCACCGCUGGUGCUAUCGACGCCCACUGCCACUUCAUCUGUCCGCAGCAAGUCACCGAGGCGCUUGCGUCGGGCACGACCACCAUGAUCGGGGGCGGCACGGGUCCCAGCGCAGGCACGAACGCGACAACGUGUACCCCAAGCCCGUUCUACAUGCGCCAGAUGUUUGCUGCGACAGACGGGCUGCCGAUGAACUUCGCGAUUACUGGCAAGGGUAACGACACCGGCACUGACGCUCUGGAGGACAUCGUCAAAGCGGGCGCUGCGGGCUUGAAGUUGCACGAGGAUUGGGGCACCACUCCCUCGGUGAUCGUCACCGCCCUCGACGUUGGUGACAAAUAUGAUGUGCAGGUGAACAUCCACACGGACACGCUGAACGAAAGCGGGUUUGUCGAGAGUACCAUCGCUGCUUUCGGGGGCCGUACGAUACAUACCUACCACACUGAGGGCGCCGGUGGAGGACAUGCUCCGGACAUAAUCGUCGUCUGCGGACUGGAUAAUGUCCUGCCAUCCUCGACCAACCCCACUCGACCGUAUACCGGUAACACGUUAGACGAGCAUCUAGAUAUGCUAAUGGUCUGCCACCAUCUCGACAAGUCUAUACCCGAGGAUCUCGCCUUUGCUGAGUCGCGUAUCCGUGCGGAGACCGUGGCAGCCGAGGAUGUCCUGCAUGAUACUGGCGCCAUCUCGAUGAUUAGCUCCGACUCGCAAGCAAUGGGUCGUAUCGGUGAAGUGAUCAGCAGGACCUGGCGGACCGCCAGCAAGAUGCGCGAGUUCCGCGGGCCUCUCAGUACUCUGGGCGAUCGCGACGGGCACGACAACGGCAGGGUCAAGCGCUACAUCUCCAAGUAUACCAUCAACCCCGCGAUUACACAUGGCAUCAGCCAUCUCGUCGGACAAGUGGCUGUCGGAACGCUCGCUGACCUCGUCCUGUGGAAGCCGGAGAACUUCGGCGCGAAGCCCGAAAUGGUCAUCAAGUCGGGCGUCAUCGCCUGGGCACAGAUGGGCGAUGCGAAUGCCUCGAUCCCGGCCGUACAGCCCUUCAUCGGACGUCCCAUGUGGGGCUCGUAUGCCGCGUCGGCGGCGCUGAACUCCGUGACGUUCGUGUCCGAAAUAUCCAUCGCGUCGGGCACCAUCGCCUCUUACGGUCUGAGCAAGCGCUUUGAGGCGGUUAAAGGCUGCCGCAAGGUGACGAAGAAGGACAUGAAAUGGAAUGACGCGACGCCAGCGAUGAAGGUCGACCCCGAGAGCUACGAAGUGCGCGCCGAUGGUGAAUUGAUGGAUAUCGAGCCUGCGACGAAGCUUCCUCUCUCCCGUUACUACAACAUAUUUUGA